AAACAUCACCCACCGACCGCUUGUUCCUGCCCACGACCCAUUCCAGAUAACUACAACACCGUCAAUGUUCAACAUGUGAGCAAUUUGUGCCAUCUGAACCUCACACCAGGCGAGCAUGGCAAACAGCGCUCGUUGAAACUGAAGCUAAACUCGGCCUGACGUUUCAACUUGCAUAGAAUACAAGCCAACGCGACUCGAAGAUGGAUACUUCUUGGCACGGAGCAGCGCGCUACUCUCACCAGCAGUCUGCUCCCUUACCAGCACAGCUCGACGCCGGCGCCAACAACGACGACUGGGAGGAAUGGCUGCGAUGGGAUCCCGCUGCUGAACCCAUCUCCCCUGACGACACCUUCAAUUCGGCCUCUUCCAAGAACGACUCGCCCAUACAAGACGUUCCCUGCGAUGCGCCCUUUGGCAAGAUUGGCGAAGAACCACUCAGACCUCUACACAUCGUCGGCAACGACUCCCUGGACUUUGGAGCCAGUCAUGACUUCAAUACUGACUUUGCACUGUUUGGCACCGGCGACCUCAAUGCCGGCUUCGACUUCGACCAAGCCGCUUCUGUGGAUAACCUCGUCCCCAGCAUACCUAAACUAGACACCCAUACAGCAGCAUGGGCAUUGCCCUCCACUGGCCUGGAAGAACCAAACGUCUCUUUGUCUGCCAUUUCAAAUGAGAGCUACCAACAGCUCCACUCAGCUACCUCCCUCACCGCAACUACGCCAAGCUUACACCAGAGUCCCCAGUCCGGCUCGGCUACACAAGACCGUCGCAGUCUAUCAUCACUUCCUCCUGAUCCACCCAAGAAGCGCGGAGGUCGCAAGCGCAAAGCAGAAACUCAAGCUGAGCCAAGUCGCGAAGGUUUGGAGAAUGGGGACUCUCAGGACGGCGACGAACCACCGAUCAAGAAGACCUCGCACAACGUCAUUGAAAAGCGUUAUCGCAACAAUCUAAACGACAAAAUAGUAGAGUUGCGCAAUGCCGUACCCAGUCUGCGCGCAAUGGGUCGCGCGAACAGUGGCAAGGAGACGGAGGAUCUCGAGGGCUUGACCCCGGCCCACAAGCUGAACAAGGCCACUGUCAUGGCCAAGGCGACGGAGUACAUCAGACAUUUGGAGAAGCGCAAUCAGAAGAUGCAGGAGGAAAUGGCUGCGCUUAAGGCUCAACUGGAGAAGGUCGAAACUACCUGUGGCAAUUCCCGAGUCCGCCACGAAAGCAACAGCCCAACCUCUACGUCUCCGCGGUCGAGUGAGGCCUCAUCUCCGUCGCAGGGUGCAGUGCCUAGCUUCCUCAAUGUGCCACAAGAUCAGAACAGAUUUGGCCAAGCUGUGGUGCAGCAGCAAUACAUGCAGCAACAGCGAGAACCAACAUACGCUCGUCCCCCUAACCCACCGGUCGAGGCACAGAAUCAGCGACCUCAUGUCAAUGGCAGAGGUGGCAUCGUGAACAAGGUCAUGCUCGGCACCAUGGCUGGAGUGAUGGUAAUGGAAGGCUUCACUCCAGAGCAAUCAGGCGAUGACUCGUCUGCUCGCCAGCUCUUCUCGCUCCCGACAGCUCUCCUCAAGCGCGCACUGGAUGGCUCGCAGCAUUCGUCGUCGGCUGCGAUAUCUCGCCAAGCUGCAAUGCCACUGCUCAAGCUAUUCCUUGUUGUCGGCGCCCUGUUCUAUCUGCUGGCACCCUUCCUCAUGUGGACACCGCGGCGGAAGCAGAAGAUUUGCUCCUCUGUGCAGCUACCCAAAGCACCGUCACUUGCAUCACCUGUUGAGGUGCGGAGGCAAGCGUGGCUCACUGCCAUUCAGAGUGUCUGGGUCCCGAAGCAUUUCUUGCUCGAAGUUGUUGCUGUUGGCUUCAAGAUGCUGCAGCUCAGCAUUAGAAGACUAGUCGGCGCCGAGAUCUUCACUCACAUCACUGGAACGAGCAAGGAAGAAGAGGCCGCUCGUGUCAAGGCAUGGGAUAUCGCCAUCGAUGCGCAGCUGGCAGGUGGAGAUGCCCAGGUGUCAUACUACCGUCUUCUGCUUACGCUCAUGGAGAGCGGUACACUGCCAGACUCCCCAGCACGUCUUAUGCAGAAGGCUGUCCACUUCCGCGUCUUCUUCUGGGAGAUCGCAAACGCUGGCUACGGCAAUAUACUUGGCUUCAAAUCUUUUACAGAGAAAGUGGGCAGGUUCUACUGGGAAUCCGCACGCCGCAUUCAGAAAGAGCUUAUCCAGGGCAAAGCCCAAGGUCGACCGACCGAAGAAGAUGAGGUCGAACUCUUGCCAGAUCACCUUGCACAGCUAGUCGAGCUGGACUGCGAUGAAGUGCUGAGCGACGAGAUGAUACAGAGAGCGUGGAAUCUCGCAUGGAACAAGCCUAGCGCCAAUGAGCUUGCUCCAAAUGCAGCCAAAGACAGUGUUGUCGAGGAUCAUGCUAUCCGAUCACCGCUCGAUGCCGUCGCUGCUUGGUACACGAAUACAACAAUUGAUGACACCUUGGCCGAUGCUUUGAGCGAUACAGCUUCCACCAUGGACACAGAAUACUAUCUUGGACUGGCUUUGAGCGUGGCACCUCCUGCUUCAAGCACACACGUGCGCGCUUUGACUGCAAAGGCAGUGCUGUCUAACACAAACCGCGAGGCCAACGUUGUCGUCGCACUCGAAGCGCUCCCAGUCAUCUGCCCUACCGGCGGAAUGAACCUGGUCAGCCACGCGCCUGCCUCGCCAGACGUCUUCACGGCAUUGACUUUGGCAAAGCUAAUUUCGCUAUGCUCUCCGUCAUCGCCGAAGACAGCUCGCAGGAGAGCAUUCACGGCACUCAAUAAUAUGAGUCUGCCGCCUGCGCAGUUCUCAUUGCUCACUGCUGUGGCUGCGUACAGACUCCUCCGACUACUGACGUCCAAUCAAUCUCGUUUGAAUGAUGCCCGGGUUGGACUUGAGGACCUGGCUGGCAGUCUCCGUCUCUGGGCCGGCACCCAGGCUGGUCGGGACAGUGGCUUGGGCCAACAAGGACGUGCGAAGAUGGUCAAGCUAUGCUUGGUCAUCACAAAGCAGCUUGGCGGAUGGGAGGAGAAAGAUAGCGGAUACAGUUCCGCUCGCAGCGCGAGCUCGAGCCCUGUGCGAGAGGGCAUUGUGAUCACAUAAUGAUUGCCUAAUCACCUGUAGGGCGUAAUUCAUAGCAGAAGGCGCCGGAUGCGCCGCUCGAGAAAUUAGCACAGACCAACAUCAUGACUAGAAGCG